AUGUGCUACUUUUAGCAUCAAGCAGCGACUGACCCACUCCUCAUUCAGGAAUGUUGGAGAGCAGGUUGAAGAAUGAGCGCUCUGGUUCUGUAGGAGAGCGACACUGAAGGAGAGGACGAGGAGGAAGAUGGGUGACUGCGUCUGCAGCUAGCGCACACACACACACGCAGUUUGAAGGUGUGAGCAGAGACCUUCCUGAAGAGCCAAACAGGAAAGAAGAGAAAUGAAUCUGAACCACACGACCUCCUUUAUUUCAACUCCAAAUGUAAAACCUGAAUUCCCCAGGUACUACGCCCUCCUGCCUCUUGUUGUACUCGCGCUGAGUGGCUGCAUAGUGGCAGUGGUUUUCUAUAUGAAAAGGAGAUCCCGAUUAGAUGAGCUGCGCCACCAUCUGAUCCCGGUUUACACCUACGACCCCUCGGAGGAACAGGAAGACUGGGGAGAUUAUGACAAAGACGAUGAGGAGGAAGAGCUGGCUGAACCUUUGUACAAGAAUUCACAGCUCUCCUUUGAUAGAACAUGAGCAGGACGGCAAGAAGGAGGGUUUCAACUAGGAAAUUAAAUCUUAUUUUACUAAUUAUGGUGCAAAGGCCUGAUUGACAAUGCAACAAAUCAUUAAAACCCACCAGCUGCUGCUGCAUUGAUCAAUGUGCUGGAUUUGCCACCAGAUGGCGCCACAGUCUUGAUUUUUGCCUCAGAAAUGUUUUUAUUUUGUCUUUUUUUUCUUACGGGACUGUACAGAUUUUUUUGUUGCUUUUAGUCAAAGUAGUGACUAAGAUGUAGUUUUACAUGAAUAAACUGAGAAGUGCAAUCUGG